GGAGGUCUCAAGGUUGGCAAGUAUGAGCUAACCUGUAACCUGUUUUGAAAAAGUUUCAUUAUAAUUACUAUACCAAACAUUGCAAGAAUCGGUCUGAAUGAAAAUCCUGUUGUAUCGUCACCAGAGGAAUCCAAUCUAAUCGUUGGGUGCCCAAAAAAUUUGCUCCCCUAUAAAGUAAACAAACUAAAAACAAAAUGGACUUUCAGUGUCUGUUACCAAAAAUUGCAUGUCAAUAAAUAUUGAACAUCUUGAAAUGCAAAGUUUUGUCCCCAGGUCGAAAAACUUAGUUAAGUGUUGUUGUAUUUUUUCUUCAUUGUUUUAUCUUUCUCCAACAAAUAUAGCAUACUUGCUUGAUUUUCCUUGUGAUUCAGAUGGAAAGCGAAAUAUUCCCAGGACAUUUGGCUUCAUUAUCAUCUUUUUUCCCCCCUCCCAAUUGUUAUUACCUUUGCAGUGCUUCUCACUAGCGACCAGCUGAGUACUUACGACUUUCUGUCUGUGCACCCUAUGUGUGUAAGCUCGUGGUCCCGCCUCCGCGAACCGAUACACACAUUUUGGACCGAUGACAAGAGGAUUCACUCCGUUCAUUUAAUUCUGCUCUUGAAUUAUCACACUUAGAUGCACAGAGUGAACCCUCUUGCACUCUUGAAAGCGACAGACGUAGAAAACAAACACCCGCUAACAUGGCAAUUUAUCGAUGCUGACAAAUUUGUUAUUGAGGUAUUGACACAGGCCUACAUAUUGAAAAAAAUUCUGCUUAGGGCCCCAAAUCAGCCAGGGGCCACCCUUUCUUUGAUAUUGAUGUCAUAUCUCACUAAUGAACGUGAGACAUUCAUAUAUCCAUCGUCUGUGUGCCGCAGUCCUGCAGAACCACCUGAGGGUAAGUUGUUCUAAAAUAUCAAAUGUUCAGUAUGCUUACUAAUCUGAUGAGCUGGGUAAACAAAACAAAAAAGUCUAAUGUUUUAAUUCUUCCCCAAAUGCCUUUUGUCCAAGUUUGCAAUGUCCACUUCAGGGUCUUCUUGGCUGAACACAGAUGAGGAAUCUCACUUAGAUCAAAGGGAAAUGUCAAUGCAGUAACUGGCAAAGGAAACAAGAAGAAGUCAAUUGAACUGCUUUGCUAUAGAAGUUAUUGUAAGCAUUUUUUUUUUCAAAGUAGGCGGAACAUUUCCAAAUGACUUUUUAAAUCAUUUUCAGCUGCUUUUGGAAGUAAAUUUUGAGCAGUGGAGGAUCACGCACAUCCUUUUCUAAACUUUAAAUCGAAGUGACAUCGAAACAUUUGCACAAAACCCUUUUUUAGACUUGAGUAUAUAUUUCACCAGACUCUUGUUGCUGCUCCUAGCACUGGAGGUUUGGCCCUACACCCCCCAUGUGCAUUUGAGUGGGAAAUGUUCCAAUUUGGAAAAUACAAUUUGGACAUUAUAGAAAUGUUAAGUGGGCACCAGGCCCACCAGUUCAAGGGUCUUGGUCUAGACCGCCAACUACAGCAUCAGCAGCAAGUGCAACUUCACCAGCAUCAACUACAGCAGCAGCAGCAGCAGCAGCAGCAAGCUGAGUCGUCUGGAGCUCUUCUGUCUGGACUUGGCUUGGGACCCCUGCAGGGGUCAAGAGGCUACCAUGAAGACCACCGUUCUCAAGGUAAUCCAUCUCCGUGCUACUCUGGCGCCUCCCCCUGCGGGAGUGGGAUGGCCGGCCCAGCUUUGAGAAAGGCACCCCUGGCCCCAACGCUGCAUCCGCACUCACAGAGCCACAGCCAGCACCACCAUCCGCAGCAACAACCCCACCUGCCCCUCUCUUCUCUACUGGAUGACUCAGAGGAUGAUGUCACUAGCUCCGUCAAUAACGCAAUCUCUGCUAUCACGGCUGCGAGUGGAAAUAGAGAUGAUAGAGGAGACAUCAUAGGAGGCCUACUAGGUGGUCUUGGUCUUGGCCCUCUGGGUUCCCCAUCAACCUCCGGCAUGGAUAAAAAUUUCAGAGGUGGUGGGAAUCAGGAGCCUUUGAGCAGCAAUCCACAAAAUCCUGCUGCUAAACCCAAACGUCCCCGCAAACCCAGACCCAAGAAAGAUCCAACAGCUGAUGGGCAGCCCCCUAAACGUAGGCAGUACGCUCCAAGGAUGGGGACCAGCGGGCUCCCCCGCACUCACCUCUGCAGUGUCUGCGGUAAGGGUUUUGCACGCCGCGAGACUCUACGCAGGCACGACCGCAUUCAUACUGGAGAAAAGCCUCAUCACUGCACUGUUUGUGGGAAAUAUUUUAGAGAGGCUUUCCACCUAAGCAAGCAUCAAACAGUACACUCUGGGGCAAAGAAUUACAAAUGCAGCAUCUGUGGCAAGGAGUUUGGCUACUCCCAGAGCCUCAGGAGGCACAGCAAACUCCACCAGAAAGGGGAGAUGGAAGAAGUGCCCACAACGACAGCUCCAGACAACAUAAACAGCUUUAAUACAAACCCUCAAUGCGGUGUGACCCAAGACGGGAGCCAGAACCAAGUACCAAGCACCUCCUCCUAUUACUCCUACCCACAAGAUGUCAAGCCUCAAGAUACCCACCCUCCGCCACAGACCCAGCCACAUUCACAGCCUCCGCCUCGUCUUUACACCUGUGCUAUAUGUUGGAAGUCGUUCCGCCAUCACUUCCAUCUGACUGCUCAUCACCAGACGGUUCAUGAAAGUGGGGGUGAAAAGCACUUCUGCUGUGAGGUGUGUGGAAAGGCAUUUGCUUACUCAAAUAGCCUAACCCGACACAGGCAGUCCCAGCAUGGAAUCACCCGUGCUGAACCGUCUAACCCUCAAGAAGGCAGCAGCGGGUCUGGAGACAACCGAGGAGGGAGUGACGUAAACCAGUCGGCGUCGGAGAGCGAGGCCGCCACCAAUGCUCUGCUACAGAUGGCCCCUGCUUCCGAAGGCCACGUCCCUCCAAGUCUAAAUGUUGUCACUCACAACCACCAGCAGGCAGCCUCGCAACCGCCUGCUGGUUACUCCCCCCUUUUUUAUGACGCCACAGCCCAUUCUUCAUCAUCCAGUGCCCCAUCUUACUCGCAGCCUCUGCCCCCCAACUCCACGAUCAUGCCCCCCCACCACCCGCACUCCCCAGCCGGGGUUAAAGGAGAGCAUAUAUAUCCAGCCGGAUCCCGCAGCCGUACGCUUCACACAACAGCCCCCUUCCAGCCCCUUACGGAACUGCCCUCCACUGAACAUCACCAUCUACAUCAUCAUCUUCAUCACCCCCACCAUCAUCCUCAUCAUCAGUCAGGUGCCCAGCCCCCCCAACACCUCGACUGCAGCAACCAGGUGCCGCAUGAUGAAAUCAGGCGACACAAGAAGAAAAAAAAAAAGUCAGAUAGGGGAGAUUGGAGGGGAAAUAAGUAUGAAUCCCAAGACUUAGUCAGAUUCGAUGGCAGCCGCAAGAAGAAAAAGAUAAGUUGUACAGUAAGAGGGGGGCCAUUGAACAAAAAACAAGGCUCUCUUCGCUUGACGAUUAGACGGGGAGAAGGAUCUGGUGGCGGCGGGUAUAAACUUGUCAACACUGGGGGAGUGAAAGUUCAGAUCCUGUCAUCCCUAAAAGUUCCCGUGAAGCGUUUUGGCUGUCCGAUAUGUCCCAAUUCAGUGUUUUCCCGCAAAGCGGGACUGCUCGUCCACAUGGCAGUUAGACACCCGCAAAGAGCCACGACCCGGCUGGAGCGACUUCAGUGCAGCGUAUGUGGGAAGCGGUCACACAGGCCCAUGGCUGCUUAUAUCCACCGAGCUACUCAUCGCUCCAGAGGGUCCUUCUCCUGCCAGGGUUGCUCGGCCCGCUUCUGGAAUGCUGUACUUCUCCAAAGGCACAAGGGGGCCUGCCGCCGAGUUGUUCAGGAAGCACGGCCGGGCGAUGCGAAGAGGAUGAAGCUUCUAAAGAAACCGGCAGAAAGACAGACCCGAGACGGUCAAGGAGACAUGCCGUACCACCUACUGGGAUCAUAUAGAUACUGAGCAUCCUGGUAUCCUACAACUGUCGCGCAUGAUUGCGAAAAGAGGACAACAAUAAAGGGACUUGAAAAUGAAUUUUUGACUCUGCUGACUUUAGGACCGAGUGUGGUAACAACUACUGUAGAGCAUCAUGUUAAAUCACCUGAAAUUCUUCCAGAUUCUUUUGGAAUGUGUUUCAAAGAUGUGACUGUUUCCAUAGGAUCACUAACCCCUUAAGUGCAUUGACACUAUGCUUGGCAGUCACUAAGCAAGUUUAGAUAACGUGUAUCUUUUCUCCCCAUAUUUUAUUCAGCAUCCCUGCUGCACCUCUCGCUGUAUGAUAAACUCUGUCCCUGCCGUGUACUUUGUCUUGUUCAUGUAGCAGCUCUGAAGAUUUCUUUUUUUUUUUUUUAACUAUUAUUAUUUGUCAAGUGCUUUUAUUAGGAGUAGGGACUUUGCGGUGAAGACAUUUGUUGAUAGUUCUGUCAGUGCAUGUUUGUUCUCUGGUCAAGUUUUUGCUGAGGUGAUUGACAUGUGAUGGCUUAUUGAAGUAUAUCCCAGACGUUUGUAGUGUCGACUUGAUUCAAGAGUUCCUCCCAUAACCCCUAGUGAUUAUAAUCACGUAUAGAUGACAUGUUCAUGGUAAUUAGCAUCAAGGGUCUCCUGCCAAAAAUGAAGAAACUUACUUCACUUGGUUCGUUUCAGAUUUUCUUAGCUUUUGUACCAAGAGGUAGAACACAAGGUAAACAAGUGGACUAUUAACAGUUUCUCAUGUUAUUUGUAUGCUCUUUUUUUUUUUUUUUUUUUAGCAGUAAUUCUUUCUACAGUGCUUCACGUUGGACCUAUUCUAGAAGCUCCUCAUGUAUUUAAGUACGUAACUGUCCUCACGCCAAUCAUAGACUGAACCCUCGACCUUUUUUUUAGUGUGUGCUGAGUUGCAAUCAUAACCUGAAACUGUCACACUUUGGUUCUCUUCUAAAGAAAGACGUUAACCUCUUCACAUAUGAAAUGUCCGUGUCCCUUUCACACCUUGUUUUUUUUUUUCUUCCAAAGGAAAAAAAUAUAGUUUUAGUAGAUUUUUAUCACUUUAUUUACUUAAAGCCAGUAGUUGAUUAUAUUUGAAAAUGAAUAAACCUUGAGUGUAA